AUGGCCGGCGACCCACGAGCGCUGCUUCGACAGGCAGAACAGAGCCUUUCGAAGGCGGGCGGAGGAUUCAGUUUCUUUGGCGGUCGGCAAGAGAAGUAUGAGGCAGCAGCUGAUCAGUUCACCGCUGCGGCGAAUGCGUUCAGGAUGCAAAAAAUGGGCAAGGAGGCUGGCGAAGCGUUUGAGAAAGCAGCGCAAGUCCAGAAGCAGAACCUGAACGAGCCUGAUGAUGAAGCAAACACACUCACUGAAGCCUUUAAGGCAUAUCGGAAAGACGACCCUGAGGCGGCAGCACGGUGUCUUGAUAGGGCCAUCGCACACUACUGCAGUAAAGGCAACUUCCGUCGCGCAGCAACCCACAAACAGAACCUUGGCGAGCUCUUCGAAGUCGAGCUAGGUGACAACGCGCGUGCGGCUGCUGCGUACGAGGAAGCUGCCGGUUGGUACGAAUCUGAUAACGCCGAAGUAAACAUUCCCCACCCUGUUCCCCGUUUUUCCACAUCCCAGAAUAUACCUAACAAGAACAUCUCUAAACAGGCCCUCGCCAACAAGCUUUGGCUCAAAACAGCCGACCUCGUCGCCCUCGAAGGUAAAGACUAUUACCACGCCAUCAGUCUCUACGAAAAGGUUGCGAAAUCCUCCAUCAACAACAAUCUCAUGCGCUGGUCCGUCAAGGAGUACUUGCUCAAGGCAGGUAUCUGCCAGCUGUGCACUGGAGAUGAGGUUGGCGCAUCGACGGCGUUUGAUAGGUACCGCGAGCUUGAUCCGAGUUUCACACAGCAGAGGGAGCAUCAGUUAUUGGUGGAUUUGCUGCAAGCGGUCAAGGACGGAGACCAAGAGGUGUUUGCUGAUAAGCUGUUCCAGUAUGAUCAGUUGAGCAAGCUAGACAAGUGGAAGACGACGUUGCUCUUGCGGAUCAAGGGUGCCAUUGAAAGCAAGGAGGAAGACUUCUCUUAG